GUGACUCGGGGCAGCGACAAUCUUAUCAGGAGCUUUUCUGUUUGGGAUCAGGGAAACGGGUGACUUUCCAAGAGUCCGAUAAGGCAGGACCCAAGUUGUAUAUAAGGGGCAGCUCAUGCUGCUGCUCUGUACCUUCCUCCCGUCUUGCUUCUCCCUGGAGUUGGGACCCGGGAAGAACCAUGAAGUGGCUGCUGCUGCUGGGUCUGGUGGCGCUCUCUGAGUGCAUCAUCUACAAGGUCCCCCUCGUCAGAAAGAAGUCCUUGAGGCGCAACCUGUCCGAGCAUGGCCUGCUGAAGGACUUCCUGAAGACGCACAACCUCAACCCAGCCAGCAAGUACUUCCCCCAGGCGGAAGCGCCCACCCUGAUAGACGAACAGCCCCUGGAGAACUACCUGGAUGUGGAGUACUUCGGCACUAUCGGCAUCGGAACCCCUGCCCAGGAUUUCACCGUGAUCUUUGACACUGGCUCCUCCAACCUAUGGGUGCCCUCAGUCUACUGCUCCAGUCUUGCGUGCAGUAACCCCAUUGCCAACAUCCAGAGCGACAUCGGAGCCAGUGAGAACUCAGACGGCGAGAUGGUGGUCAGCUGCUCAGCCAUCAGCAGCCUGCCCGACAUCGUCUUCACCAUCAACGGAGUCCAGUACCCUUUGCCACCCAGUGCCUACAUCCUGCAGAGCCAGGGCAGCUGCACCAGCGGCUUCCAGGGCAUGGACGUCCCCACCGAAUCUGGAGAGCUUUGGAUCCUGGGUGAUGUCUUCAUCCGCCAGUACUUCACUGUCUUCGACAGGGCAAACAACCAGGUCGGCCUGGCUCCCGUGGCUUAAGCCCAAGUCUUUCCAGCCACCUCCCAGGAAGAUCUGACCUCCGUCCUCUGCCCACUUUAGAUGUAUCUAAUUCUCCUGACUGUCCUUCCCAGGGGAGUGCAGAGGUCUUGGCCCUGUUCCCUGUCUUACCAAUAAUGUAAAAUAAAAACAUAACCUACUGAAACAGG